AUGGAGAACCCUCGGACAAUAACCGAUUUGCCGUUCGAAGUUCUCGAUCUGAUAUACAACGAUCUGGAUUGUUUGAGAGAUAAAGUGGACCUGGCCCAGAGCCAUAACAAUCUGGGAAAAGCUUUUGCUCUUCACAGUCGCAAUAAGUUUAGGACUCUUAAGCCGAGUACAGAGUUAACUGACGAAUCGUGGUACUUUCUUAUAAAACAGUGCGGCACUUCAAUUGAGGAAAUAUGCUUCGGAGGCAGGGGCAUUUACUGGAAUGAUCGUAUAACCCAGGCGAUAGUGCCGAACUGUCCCAAUCUGAAAUCAUUAUCGACUGAUUUUUACACGCAUGAUAGUAAGAGCAUUCAGCAUUUUUUAGAGGAGAUGAAAAAUUCCCUGACAUCGCUUACUCUGAACCAAAGGGAUGAUUUCCCUUUUGAAAUCUUAAAAGUGGUUAGUGAAAUGAGUAAACUAAAGCAACUUUCGAUAAGAGGGAAUUUUGAUGAAAGUGUUUGCCAUUUAGAGAAUCUAAUAGCCCUGGAAAAGCUGGGAAUCGAAUAUCAUAGUAAUUCAUCGAAACUUCGUGUCGACUUAAUACGGAUUUGUGCUUCCUUGACAAAUCUUCAAAAUUUAUAUGUGUCUGAUGUAGAAAUAUUGCCGUAUGAAAAGCCAUUUUUAGCAACGUGGGCCAGACUAGAAACCCUAAAUUUGAGUCGUUGCAAAUUACCAGUUGAACUCCCAGAUUGCCCUCAGCUCAAAUUCCUAAAUAUAUAUCUUCCCAUAUGUCACAACGAAGGGUACGGCUUCAAAUUCCUACUCGAGAACGGUAGAAAUCUCGAAACAUUGUAUGAAGCAUUCGAGCCACCAAUCGAUGCCGAUAGCUACCUCGAACUUUUUCGGGCCUGCCCAAAAUUGCGCAGAUUUUAUACUGCAAUGAACCAUAACAACCUCUCUCCGGGCCACAAGUCCACUAUUUCGGAGAUUCUUAAGGCUAAUGGAGUGACCCAAGAGGAUCCAUUCGAGAUGAUUAUAAGCAGACUUUACUUUUGAAAACGGAUCCGAAAAUUAGUAAGUGCGAAGAUGAAAAGGUUACUUUGCGCCCCUGGUGCUGAGUUGAUCGAUCUGUAUAAAGGCAACAGAGUGUUAAAAUAAUUAAAGUAAAACAAUUUUAUUUUUUAUAUAUUUAUAAUGUAACUUAAAAUGUAAUAAAGUUUUUGCUGAAAUGCAACAACAGAUUUCAGUCAACUUUAA